UGAAGCGUGGACGCUGAAGAUGGGAGGGGAAAGCGGCAGUCGUUUCAACUUUCAAGCCGUUUGGCCAAACAAGUAGCAUCAGCGUCCCAACGGCAUAUACCACUACUACACGUAAAGUAUCCAACUGGGGAAAAAAAACGGUGUGUUUUGUUAGUAGUGGUACCGUUCCAAAGCCAAACGAUUAACGCCAGUCACCAUCGUGUUAAUUUAACUAAAAUUAUUUUAUUAUUUAAUUGGUAGUUUUUACGAGUUAAAUCGAUUAGUGUUUUUUACGAAAGUAAGUUAAGCAGUAUGUCAACAAAGAGAAAAAAUACUUCCCAAAAGAAAGGACGAAGCAAAAGUAAGAAGGUUGAAUAUGAUGAGGAGGAUAUUUCAAGUGAGUCUGAUUAUGAUGAUGCCGACGCCGGCUCUAACGAUGACGCUACUGAAGAGGACCUAGCUGAUGUGUCCAAUGUUCCUGAGUUACGAGCUCCAGAGGGUGGAUGGGGUAAACCUGGCACCCUCCUUAUGUGUGGUUUAACGAAUUGGGGCAUGGCGGGACGCAAAGCACCUCCAAAAGGUGCCAAGUCUAGUGUGGGGAGGAAUCUUUGGACUCCACAUACUUUUAAGAACUUGAAUGGCGCUAGAAUCAGACUUAUUGCCUCAGGACCUGCUGCUUCUCAUAGUAUUAUUGUCACUGAAGAUAACAGAUGUCUUGCCUUUGGUAAAAAUGAGAAAGGUCAGCUAGGAGUUGGGGAUACAAAAAGACGAGAUGAACCAACUGAGAUAGAAGCCCUGAAAGGUCAUACAAUUAUUGCUGCUGCUUGUGGUCGAAAUCAUACAUUGUUUUUGACUAGUCGUGGUAUAGUUUUUGCUGCUGGUGAUAAUAAACUAGGCCAGUGUGGGGUUGGAAAAUCUGAUCCUUGCAUAGUGACUGCAACCAAAGUUAAAUAUUCUGGUGCACCAAUUGUAAAAGUUGGUUGUGGUGCAGAAUUUUCAAUGAUUCUUGAUAUCAAAGGUGGACUACAUUCAUUUGGUAGUCCUGAAUAUGGUGCAUUGGGUCAUAAUACUGACGGAAAGUAUUUUAUAAAUAGUAAUAAACUGGCAUUUCAUUUUGAAAAAGUGCCAAAGAGAAUUGUCCUUUAUGUUGAAAGAGGCAAAGAUGGUCAUGUUACUCCGUUAGACCGAGUUGAGAUUACAGACUUUAGCUGCGGCCAUUAUCACACUGUUGCUAUUGACAGUAAGAGCCGUGCAUUUUCUUGGGGAUUCGGAGGCGUUGGUCGUUUAGGUCAUAAUGAACAAAGAGAUGAGCUGGUACCUCGUCUUAUUAAAUAUUUGGAACCACCAAAUCGUGGUGUAAGAUCCGUCCACUGUGGAAGUACCUAUAGUAUUGCUAUUAAUGUACAUGGAACAGCACUUAUGUUUGGUCAAAACAAACGCACUGGAGAAGCUAAUAUGUAUCCAAAACCAAUUCCUGACCUCUCUGGAUGGGAAAUUAGAUGUGUUGGUUGUUCUCAAACUAGUGUUGUUGUAGCUGCUGAUGAAUCAGUAAUUGCCUGGGGAGCCAGUCCUACUUUUGGUGAACUAGGGUUUGGAGAGAUGCGUAAAUCUUCAACUACACCAAUGGAAGUAAAAGCACUCGAAGGUCUUUAUAUCACUGCCGUAACUUGUGGGCUUUCCCACACAUUAAUGAUUUGUCGAGAUGAUUCUGAAGAAGAAAAAGCUAAAAUAGCAAAUUUGGAAGUAUAUUCUGUUUAAAGGGAUUUUAAUUGAAAUUUGUAAACCUUGUGAUCGAUUAUUUGAGAUUGGUUCUUGGUACUGAAUGAUAUCCUGCUUAAUAUGUCAAUAUAAAAAAUUUUGUAGUAUGGAAUUGAUAAUUCAAUCACAGUGAUCACAAGGUACGCGAGACGCUAAGUGACCCGUAAUACGUUUUUUUUUUAAAUAUUCUAAAUGGCCGAGAGUAAUAAAUAAGUCUACUUAACGGUGUAUUAAUAUUACAGUUUUCGAGUUGAACAUUUUAUGUGCUAAAUUUAAUUGAGUAUUUAUCCAAGUACAUAUAAGUAUACAUGAAUUUUUUUAUUUAUUCAGCAGAAUAUCCAGGUGGAUAAACGCUGAUAUAUACAAAUGACAUAAAAUAUAUUUUGAUACGUUGCAGUUUUAAUACUAUUUUAACUAGAAGUAAUUCAGCCUAAUAAUACCAUGACGAGAGUAAUAAUUCACUUUUAAUAGUUAUAAUAAAUAUUGAAAAAUACAUGUCAGCCUUACUUAUGAGAUUGAAAAUUAAUUUAUACUUUUAGAAAAUAACUUUUAAACUUUUUUAAUUUUAAAAACGCUCUCGGCAUUGUCCUACACUGCAGGUACCUGAGUCGCCCGCGUUUAUAAUAGUAAAUUCUUUUAUUAAUCUAAUAACAAUAAUUUUGUUUCUGCGGUUAUUGCAUUUACUUGUACGUAAGUUGAAAAAACAAAACAUUCUUCCAUUACUCUUUAAACGAGUUUAAAUAUUUAUAUACAUAUAAGUUCAGGUAUUAAAAUUAGAGUUAAAAAUAUAUUUCAUCAUGUGCGUAGGUA